CUUGUCUGUCCAGUUGUCGAAAGCAGUAGGGCGGUACUAAGCGAGAUUCUUUGAGAAAGAAGUCGAUCCUUUUCUAGGUUUUUUUUAUUUUUUUAAAGUUAUUUCUGAAUCUGUUUACGACCUAUCUUAAGUUAUGGCUUCUUCGGAUGUUGCACGGCAGCCGGAUAAAGGAGUCCGGUCCUUGUCUCUUGCUGGCCAUGUGGGCUUUGACAGCCUUCCUGACCAGCUUGUCAACAAGUCCAUCUGCCAGGGCUUCUGCUUUAAUAUUCUCUGCAUCGGUGAGACGGGUAUAGGCAAGUCUACACUGAUGGACACGCUAUUUAAUACCAACUUUGAGAACUUUGAGUCAUCCCACUUUGAACCUCAGGUGAAGCUCCGGGCUCAAACGUAUGAUCUGCAGGAGAGUAACGUUAGACUACGUCUCACUGUGGUCAACACAGUUGGCUUUGGAGACCAGAUGAAUAAACAAGAGAGCUACCAGCCUGUGGUGGACUACAUUGACAGGCAAUUUGAGAGUUAUCUCCAGGAGGAGCUAAAAAUCAAGCGUUCUCUUCACAACUACCAUGACUCACGAGUCCAUGCCUGCCUUUACUUCAUUUCCCCCUCAGGCCAUUCACUCAAAUCCCUUGAUCUGGUCACGAUGAAGAAACUAGACAGCAAGGUGAAUAUCAUCCCAGUGAUUGCCAAAGCCGACACCAUCAGCAAGAGUGAACUGCACAAGUUUAAGAUCAAGAUCAUGAGUGAGCUGGUCAGCAAUGGUGUCCAGAUAUACCAGUUCCCACUGGAUGAUGAGACUGUGGCCAAAGUCAACACUACAAUGAAUGGUCAUUUGCCAUUUGCUGUAGUAGGCAGCACAGAGGAAGUUGCUGUUGGAAACAAGAUGGUGAAAGCUCGCCAGUAUCCAUGGGGUGUAGUGCAAGUGGAAAAUGAGAAUCAUUGCGACUUUGUUAAGCUGAGGGAGAUGCUCAUAUGCGUAAAUAUGGAAGACCUGAGAGAGCAGACACACACUCGGCACUACGAGCUCUACAGACGCUGCAAACUUGAAGAGCUUGGUUUCAAAGACACAGACUCAGAGUGCAAACCUGUCAGUUUGCAGCAGACGUAUGAGGCAAAGCGUCAGGAGUUUCUGGUGGAGCUGCAGAAAAGGGAGGAUGAAAUGAGGCAAAUGUUUGUGCAGAGGGUAAAGGAGAAGGAAGCGGAACUAAAGGACGCUGAAAGAGAGCUCCAGGGUCGUUUUGAGCAGCUCAAGCGCCUCCAUGCUGAAGAGAAAGCUGCUUUGGAGGAGAAGAAGCGGCUUCUUGAUGAAGACCAAAGCUCCUUCGGCAAAAGAAAAGCUGCUGCCCAACUCCUGCAGGCCCAGAGCCUCACUGCCAAUGGCAAGAAGGACAAAGACCGGAAGAAUUCUGGUUUCAUGUGAAGAUUCUCAGUUGUGACCAGCAAAACCAGUGACGUUAUACCCCACACCCUUUCCACACCCCUGUGGCCAGUUGUAACGCUAACAGUUAAAAAAAAAAAAAACC